AAAACGGAGGCGGCUGGAAGCAGCUGACGGAGAGGCUGCCUGAGGAUGUAGCCCUUCGCAGCCGUUCCCCCAGAUCCCUUUUCCGGAGGGGAGGCACGGGAUUCCUGCGCUCGAGGGGUGGAUGCGAGCCACGCGCCAGCUCCAGUGCGGGGGUUGAUCUCUCCACCGGACACCUCUAUCCGUCUCUGCUCUUUUUCUCCCUCUAUCCCCCUUUGCCGAAUCAUUUCUUUUUUCGCGUCAGUCGAGAUUGAUGCCAGGGAGCGGGAGUAAAAUAUAUUCCACAAACAUACACCACCACCACCCCCCCCCCCCAGCUCCUGCCUGAGCUGUGCAGUUGUCCGCACGCAUGGAUGUGUUUGGCUUUGUGAAGAUGGCAAAACUGACAGGCCACAAGAUGAAGUCCCCGGGCUGGCCAACCCCUUCAGGGACCUGGAGUGCUUCUCAGGCACCCUCGUACGGAUGGGACAUGGGCUCCAAUAGAGAGGGGAGGGACCUAUUCAUCAAUCACGUACCGAAGAGCAGCUCCCUUGAGGAGGUCCGGUUAGAUGGGAGCCACUUCAUACCCCCAGCUCCCCGCAAGGUGGAGAUGAGGCGGGACCCUGUUCUGGGGUUUGGCUUUGUAGCUGGAAGCGAGAAACCAGUGGUGGUUCGCUCUGUCACACCAGGGGGUCCUUCAGAGGCCAAGCUCAUCCCGGGGGACCAGAUCGUCAUGAUAAACGAGGAGGUUGUCAGCACAGCAGCCAGGGAGCGAGUCAUCGACCUCGUCAGAAGCUGCAAGGAAUCAAUUGUGUUGACAGUUAUUCAACCUUACCCAUCUCCUAAAUCUGCCUUCAUCAGCGCUGCAAAAAAGGCCAAGUUAAAGUCAAACCCAGUCAAGGUGCGCUUCGCUGAAGAGGUCAUUAUAAACGGUCAGGUUCCGGACACUGUGAAGGAUAACUCUCUACUUUUCAUGCCAAACGUUCUGAAAGUCUACCUAGAAAAUGGACAGACAAAGUCCUUCCGUUUUGACAGCAGUACUUCCAUCAAGGAUGUUAUCCUGACUCUGCAAGAGAAGCUGUCAAUCAAGAGCAUUGAGCACUUUUCUCUGAUACUGGAGCAGCGUGCAGAAGGCUGUGCCAGCAAGCUGCUGCUCCUCCACGAGCAGGAAAUGCUAACUCAGGUGACCCAAAGGCCAGGAUUGCACAAAAUGAAGUGCUUUUUUAGAAUCACCUUUGUUCCAAAGGACCCAGUCGAUCUGCUCAGGAGAGAUGCAGUGGCUUUUGAAUACCUCUAUGUUCAGAGCUGUAAUGACGUGGUGCUGGAGCGUUUUGGGUCGGAGCUGAAGUACGAUAUGGCACUGCGUCUGGCCGCCCUACAGAUGUACAUCCUGACAGUCAGCACCAAACAGACUCAGAAGGUCUCGCUCAAGUACAUUGAGAAAGAAUGGGGCUUGGCAGUUUUCCUCCCCCCGGCUGUGCUGUCCAGUAUGAAGGAGAAGAACAUCAAGAAAGCCUUGAACCACAUUCUCAAAACAAACCAGAAUCUAGUGCCACCAGGGAAAAAGUUAACUGCUCUACAAGCAAAGGUUCACUACUUGAAGUAUCUCAGUGAUUUGAGAUUAUAUGGGGGAAGAGUCUUCAAAUCAACUUUACUGCAAGGAGAGAAGCGCACAGAGGUGACCCUGCUCCUGGGCCCCAGGUAUGGCAUUAGCCACGUCAUCAACACCAAGACCAACCUGGUGGCCCUGCUGGCCGACUUCAGCCACGUCAACCGCAUCGAGAUGUACACCGAGGACGAGAAGAACGUCCGCGUGGAGCUGCAUGUCCUGGAUGUGAAGCCCAUCACCUUGAUAAUGGAGUCCAGUGACGCCAUGAAUCUGGCAUGUUUGACCGCUGGCUACUAUAGGCUGCUGGUGGACUCCCGGCGCUCCAUCUUCAACAUGGCCAACAGCACCAGCGGAGGCAGUCUGGAGCUGGGCCAAGAUCCCAAGAGCAAAUUUAACUACCAAGCUAUUGAGUGGACCUACAGCACCUCCUUUAGUGGCUGCGAAGACCCCAACCUUCAAAUGGGCAUAAGACAAUCCUAUCACAAAGACCCUGAGUCCCCUGAUUGCAUGGGAAACGAAAAUAAUGUCACGCCUAUUUAUUUUACAGAGCAGUCCCAGCAUGCUUUGUAUAUGGAUGAAUGUUCGAACAGGAUGGGCCACAGUAUGCACCCCCAGCCAUUUCUGUCUUUACCCAGACACAAACCCCAGGACUCUCCCAGGAGCGCCAAGGUGUCCUUCAUAUUUGGGGACCCCCCCUUAGAUAGCGUAAACCCCCAUAAUCUCGGCUACCACAGGCUGUUGGAUGAGUGUCCUGAGAUCUUAGAACAGCAGAGAGCCAUUUUCCUCCAGAACACUGAGGAAUUUAAGCCCAUGGAUCCGUCCAUGGACGGGGAAGGCUUUCAGUACGCGCCCCACGCGAUCUACAGCAACAUCGGGGAGGCCAAGAUCUUCGGGACGACGGAGGGCAUUGAGGAGCCUCUGCUGCGGGACAUCUGCUAUGCCGAGACCACGGACGAUGCCGAGGACGAGGAUGACGGGAGCUGCGAGGAGGACCUGGCAGUGGUGGGGGGAGGGGCGGGCCCCGGGGAGGAGGACAGGGAGGCCGCCAAGAGGAAAGCCACCUUCCUCAAGCUCUCAGGCUCCAGCGACGACAUCAUUGACCUGACCUCCCUCCCGCCACCUGAGGGCAACGACGAGGAGGACAACGACGUCCUCCUGCACUCGCUCAACCUGGCCAUCGCCGCCCCGCCGCCCGGAUUCAGGGACAGCUCGGACGAGGAAGAGCACCACGGCCCCCGGGGGCCCAAAGACAUGGGCCCUUGUCCGUGCGGGGACAUCCCCGUGUCUCUGAUCGACGCUGUGCCCACUCAGGAUGAAGGCGCGGAGAAGGCCCUAGAUAACGCGGUGGUCUCCACUUUACAGGCCCUAGAGGCCCUGGCAGCAUCAGAGGAAGACACUCACCAAGAGUCGAGUGCAAAUUCAGGUGUAGCACUGUCUCGGGCUUUCAGCCCAGAGUCAUCUUCAGAUUCUGGGAACGAGACUAAUUCCUCAGAAAUUACAGAGAGCUCGGAGCUGACCGCAGCCCAGAAGCUCUGUGACAGCUCCGUUCGUCUGCUGGUCGCCACCGCCGAGGGGUACCAGCCACUCCAGGAGGAGAAAACCGAGUUUCCCGUUAGCCUGUGCGUGGGAGACCCCGUCCCUAAGACAUCCCACAACAUCCCGGGCCACCAAGACGCUGAGAUGCCGCCCGCGUCCGGGCCUUCCAAACAGAUGCUCCACUCGGAAGACAUCGAGAUGGAGCCCGAAACCAUGGAAACAAAAUCCGUGACAGACUACUUCAGCAAGAUGCCGAUGGGCAAGCUGACGAGCUCGGGUGAAGGCAGACGGCGGGGGAGGGCGGGAGAGGCUGACCCCAAGGGGCCGUUCGAGGUGAACGCCACUACCGCUGCCAGCAAACGACAGACGGGCAGGACCGCUUACACCACCGCCGAGGAGCAGCGUGCGGCGGGCAAGUACAACACCUUCAGCGCCAGGGACGCCCACCGCCUCAACCACUUCGACCAGGAGCGCACCUCGUUUCGGGAGAAGAGCCAGCGGUGGCAGCCGCUGCCUGAGAGCUCUGCCGCAGGGGGUCUGGGAAGGACGGAGGCCCGGGACGGCGCGCUGGAAUCGGGCAACCGUAGCGCCGCUGGGGUGGGCGAGGACGAACGCCCGGGUCCCAACGCCCAAGAACCGUCAGCUUUCCCCGAGCAGGGCGGGUUGCCUGGCGACGAGCAGCAGCAGGCCAGGCCGCAGACAGUGGGGCGGCUGUGUGAGUACCACCUGGUGAAGCACACCGCCUGCAUGCAGGCGGAGGGCCACCACUCCCUCCCGAGCUCCCAGUGUUCUUCCCUGGAUGCCGGCUGCAGUACGGGAAGCAGCAGCUGCGCCACCCCCUUGGACUCGCCUCUCUGUGGCCCCGACACGCCCGGCAAGCGCCCGCUGCUGCCCGAGGACAAGGGCCCCGGCACCCCCAGCCGCGGGCCCCCGGCCAGGGAUCUGCACCCCAGCGCCGACCUCGCCUUCCACCGGAAAAUGCUGCCAAGCGUGCACUCCAACACCAAUGGCUCCGACCCUGCUUUUGGCACUGUGAGAGAAGGCUGUCACCGGAUGCCCAAGAUUAAAGAAACCACAGCUUGCACAGAGCUCAGCUCAGCACCCAGAGGAGACACACCUUUGGCCUUUUCCCAGCAGCUCGAUGCCUACGCCACACCGCCACCAUCACCACCACCAUCCGACGUUAGCGCACAUCCCUCAGACGUGCCAAAGCGGGAGGCCUCCGACCCCCCCAAGCAGAACCGCGUCACACCAUCACCCCCAAGCCUUCCCCACCAAGGCCACGACACCAGCAGCCUGAGGCUCCCCACCCAAAGAGGCAGAGUACUGAGACGGAGUUCCAGCAGCAGGUCCCUGGGUUCCAGAAGCUUCGACACUCUGUUAGAGAAGACCAGGGCGGUCAUAGGUGGUUCGUGUUUGAUGUCCCCGCGCUCACCCAAUUCAAGGCCGCAGAAGAGGCCCGACGGAAAGAGGCUGCUCAAGAGCCGCUCCCAGAGCUCCUUCUCCUCCAUCCCAGCGGCCCAACAGGACCGCAGCAGAGCCUCCAUCGUGCCCCCAGUGCCAAAGGAUGCCAGGCAGCUCAGGGUUUUACCAAAACGAGAUACCAGCACCUGGAGAUUCCACGGGCCCUUCAGCCACUGCUUCCAUAGAAGCAGGAGCGCCAAAGACCAGGACAAGGGGUCUCUCCCACAGCCGCCGUCCGUGGAGGGGGCACCAAGUUUGUCCCCCGGCGAACCCCGAGGAGUCACAGAGGAGAGAGCCAUCUCCGUUUCCUCGCCCUCAGACCCGAGCGAGAGCUUCUCCUCCACACUGGCCAUCGUGGGUGCCCUGAAGGACAGGGCGUGUGCCUUUCCCGGCGGGCUCUCCAGCUUGCGGCAGGAUGCCGGUGAGCUUAUGGCCCUGGUGCGCUCCAGAGUCGGGGAGAGUGCAGAAUCCCCGUCCGAGCCACGCCGAGACAGCGAGGGCUGCCAUGAGCGACUGCUCUCGACGGAGUCCAAAGAGCUGGGCAGCGCCUGCAGGAGGUUGGCCCAGGCCCACUGCAGAGCCGAGGAGACGCUCCCGGACGCGGCCGGCAGCUUCAGGGUGCUGUGCCGCCUGUCCGAAGCCUGCAUGCGCCUGAUGGGCUCCAUGAGGUCUGAGGAGCAGCAGAGGCAGGUGGCCACCAAGGUGGAGCAGGUCAUUACCAACUACAUCUGCCUGCUGGAGGCAGUCGAGAUGGCCUCAGCCACCGACCCUGGUGACCCCGGCUACGCAGCUCUGGCGCACCAAUCCACCGCUAUAUCCGCCAUCGUAAACACGUUGACACGUUCGCUCAAGACGCUCCUCAACACUAAACAGAAAACUAUUUAAUAAGCUGUGCUCUUCUCUUGAACUUUCGCAAAGCCAUACUCAGAAACGGGGGUUCACCUUAUCCCCACAAUGUGAACUGCUGUAAUAAUUCUUGCCCCAUGUAUAUUUUGUUUUAUAUGUAAACAAAAAAAUAUUCUAUACAAUACUAUAGAUAUGUAAAAAGAAUUAAGUAUUCACCCUUCUUUAGAAAGCAAGAUAAGUCCAGAUAUGAAGCAGAAUAUACAUAUAAUCCUUCCUUGUGUAUUCACAUAUGUUGCCUCAUUAUAAUGCUUUUACCUAAUGCAACACACAAAAGACAGAACUUGGACUGAGCAGAUGCUGUCACAAAUUUCUUCAUACAAUAAUUGUAUGUAUUGUAUAUUUUAAUUAUACAAGAAGUUAAAAUAUUGAUUUUUAAACAAAUUCAGAUGAGAUAAAUGAUAUAUAUACAAAGAAAUGCAUACAAGACUUAGAUUUUACAAUAGCAACAAUAAUGAAAAAAUAUAUUUCUUUUUUUUAAACAUAUUUUCAUCUUCAAAAACCCUAGAUUAAUUAAUCCAUUAAGUAAUUGAUUCUAAUGUCUAGUUGAUGCCAACUUUUUCACAUACAUUUCACUGACCACAGUGUUACAAGUCUACAUUAUUUUAUGAUUACUUGCACAUGUUCACAAAUGUCAUUGUUUCUUUCAGAAUGACUUAAACUCAUUAAACUAUUUAAAUAAUUGCAAA